CUUUAAAAGCAAGGUAUCUGGACUCAGGAGGCUCACAGCACCUUCCCGUCUUUUCUCACCUGGCAGGCAACUCCUCGAAGGAUUACAAAAUGUGUGAUGCCUUUGUGGGAACCUGGAAACUCGUCUCCAGUGAAAACUUUGAUGAUUACAUGAAGGAAGUGGGAGUGGGCUUUGCCACCAGGAAAGUCGCCGGUAUGGCCAAGCCCAACAUGAUCAUCAGUGUAAAUGGGGAUUCAGUCACCAUCCGGUCAGAGAGUACUUUUAAAAACACGGAGAUCUCCUUCAAACUGGGGGUGGAAUUCGAUGAAAUCACCGCAGAUGACAGGAAAGUGAAGAGCAUCAUAACCCUAGAUGGUGGGGCCCUGGUACAGGUGCAGAAGUGGGAUGGAAAGUCGACCACCAUAAAGAGAAAACGAGACGGUGACAAGCUGGUGGUGGAAUGUAUCAUGAAAGGUGUGACUUCUACAAGAGUUUAUGAAAGGGCAUGAGCCAAAGGAAGAGGCCCUGGACUGAAAUUUGCAUCAAACUCUACAAUAGUUGGUUGGAUUUAUUGGGUUUUUUUAAGAUACGAUUUUCCACUAAUUAGCAAGCAACUAAUUUUUUUCUGAAGCUGGAUUUUAUUGGAUAUGGUUAUGUCGGUUAAAUAAAACCUUUUUAGACUUAAAAA